AUGGCAGAACGAAACCAGCUCACUCUCCAUCUCGAAGCUUUUGUUGACGUUACGCGUUCUCCUACUGAGCAGGCUGAGAGUCUGAAAGCGCUUGCUUUUUCUUUGGACAAUGAUUUCUUGUCUCUCGACCAAUUGGUCAGAGAGAUGGAGAUGUAUCUGACCACAACUGAUAAUGUUGUCCGAGCACGAGGUAUUCUCCUGCUUGCGGAGAUCCUCAAUUGUCUUAAAGCAAAGCCACUGGACAAUGCAGUUGUCCAUACUCUCCUUGAAUUCUUUACCCAAAAACUGGAGGACUGGAGAACGGUGCGUGGGGCACUUGUUGGUUGCUUGGCCCUGUUGACGAGGAAAGACACAGUGGGUAUGGUCACUGCUAUUGAUGCACAAGCUGUGGGAAAGUCAUUCGUAGAGAAUGUGUCAGUACAGUCUUUAGCACGGCAUGACCGCAAGCUCGCUUUUGAACUUCUGGAGUGCCUUCUACAACAAUACUCUGGAGCUAUUAUGACUCUGGGUACUAUACUUGUAUAUGCUACAUGCGAAGCCAUCGAUGGAGAAAAAGACCCUCAAUGCUUACUGGUCGCUUUUCAUAUAAUAGAGCUUUUGGCUCAAUUAUUCCCCAGUUCAUCCGGUCCAGUUGCUUCUAAUGCAUCUGAUCUUUUUGAUGUUAUUGGUUGCUACUUCCCACUUCAUUUUACGCAUAAAAAAGAUGAUGAAGCUGGUGUUAAUAGAGAGGACCUUUCAGGGGGUCUAUUGCUGGCAUUCUCCUCGACCCCUUUUUUUGAACCAUAUGCUAUUCCACUGCUUCUUGAAAAGCUUUCUUCUUCUCUACCAGUUGCAAAGGUUGAUUCUUUGAAAUGUCUGGAAGAUUGCGCUAUAAAAUAUGGAGUAAGCAGAAUGAAGAAGCACUAUGGACGUCUUUGGCCCGCUAUAAAAGAUGCAUUUUUUUCUUCCACUGGGACACAUUUGUCCUUUUCUCUAGAAUCCCUCACUAGUCCAGGGAUCGAAAGGGAUGAGAUCCACAGUGAAGCUGUUAAUCUUCUUCAAAGGCUUCUUAAGCAAGAUAUCUCGUUUCUAAGUUUUGUUGUUGAUGAUAUAGAUAUAAACACCGUCAUUGAUACAAUCUCUAGACACUCUCAGUAUAAAGAAAUGCCUGACACAAACAAACUGGAGGUUCUCGUUAUCAGUCAGAUACUGUCGGUGUCUGCCAAGGCUUCGGUUCAGUCAUGCAAUAUAAUAUUUGAAACCUUUUUCUUCCGUCUUAUGAAUAGUCUAGGGAUUUCAGAGAAAACUACCACUGGCAUUCAUGUUCAUGAUGAAAACUCUACAGUCUCUAUCAGAUUAUACCAUGGAGGUCUUUAUCUUUGCAUUGCACUUCUUUCAGCAUCGAAAGAUCAUAUCCUGGGUUUCGAGGAAUGUUCGUCACCACCUGGAUGCCUGCAGGAAUCAUGGUGCUCUUUAGUCAGAAGCUUCUCAGUUUCAUUGAUCCGGGUGUUCACUUCUGCAGUAUGCAGCUCUAAUGAUUGUGUUGAGGAUGUAUAUCUUGGAGUGAAGGGCUUGCUGACUAUGGGUACAUUCUCGGGCGAUGCUUCUCCAGUAUCAAGAUCAGAAUUCGAGAAGAUUUUGAUGACCUUAACUUCAUUCAUCACAGCCAAAAGUGGCAAAACAAUAUUGUGGGAACUGGCAUUGAAAGCGCUCGUCUGCAUUGGCUCAUUCAUUAAUCGGUAUCAUGAGCAUGAUAAGGCUAUGAGCUACAUGAAUAUAGUGGUCGAAAAUUUAGUCUCAUUAGCCUGCUCUAGUCAUUGUGGUCUUCCAUAUCCGAUGAUAUUAGAAGCAACCUCAGAAGUCUGCUCCACUGGGCCAAAGUAUGUGGAGAAACUGGUUCAAGGAUUUGAAGAAGCUUUAUGUUCCAGUUUGUCUGAAUUUUAUGUUAAUGGAAACUUCAAGUCAAUUGAAAAUUGCUCUCAGCUCCUGGAGUGUUUCACCAAUAAAUUGCUUCCACGUGUGGCCGAGAUAGAUGGUCUUGAUAAAAUCUUGGUGCAUUUCGCUUUGAGUAUGUGGAAUCAAAUUGAAACCUCUGGAGUUGGUUGUGAUUUCUAUGGUAGGGAAUUUGUUGAGGCAGCAAUGGCAACAAUGCGGCAAGUUGUAGGAAUUGCUUUGGUAGAUUCACAGAACAUUAUAAUCCAAAAAGCUUAUAAUGUGAUCUCAUCAAGCAAGCUUCCAGCUAUGGAGUCUAUUCCUUUGACAUUGGUUGCAUUAGAGGGUCUACAACGUGACCUGUCCACUAGGGAUCAACUGAUACUUUCACUUUUUGCAUCAGUUAUCAUAGCUGCAUCUCCUUCAGCAUCCAUUCCAGAUGUGAAAUCACUUACACAUCUGUUUUUGGUAUCACUCCUUAAAGGUUAUAUCCCAGCAGCUCAAGCUUUGGGUUCAAUGGUUAACAAAUUGGGCUCAGGUUCUGGUGGAACAAUUGUUUCAAGCGAUUGCUCCUUUGAAGAAGUAUGUGAUAUAAUAUUUCACACAGCUUUUGCAUCUGGAAAAAAGAUUUCUUCUGAUGGAUCUGGUGGAAUCUUAUGUGGAAGUGAGACAAACUUGUCACAGUUAUGUUUAGGUUUAUGUGGUUCCCUGGACCUUCAAACCCGUGCUAUCACAGGAGUAGCAUGGAUUGGGAAAGGUUUACUCAUGCGGGGUGAUAAAAGAGUUAAUGAAACAACUCUGGUACUACUGGAAUGCUUAAAAUCCACUAACUGUCCCACGAAGGUUCUGCAUCCUGCUGCCAUGAAACAUGCAGCAGAUGCAUUCUUCAUAAUUAUGUCUGAUUCAGAAGUGUGUCUGAACAGAAAAUUGCAUGCAGUUAUACGGCCACUCUAUAAGCAGCGAUUUUUCUCUAUGACAGUUCCCAUUUUGGAGUCUUUGAUUAAAAAUUCCCAGUCUCCACUCUCGAGAACAAUGUUUCUUGUUGCUCUCGCGCAUGUUAUAUCCAAUGUUCCAGUAGCAGUUAUACUGGACAAUACCAAAAAGCUACACCCGAUGAUACUGGAAGGCUUAUCUGUCUUAAGCCAUGACUCUGUGGAUAAAGAAACGCUUUACAGUCUAUUACUUGUUUUAUCUGGAACGCUUACUGAUAUUAAAGGACUAGAAUCUGCCAGUGAUAAUGCACAUAUAAUUAUCGAAUGCCUGGUCAAGCUUACGUCAUAUCCACAUCUAAUGGUUGUUAGGGAGACAGCAGUUCAGUGUCUUGUUGCCCUGUUGGAAUUGCCGCAUGGAAGGAUUUAUCCUUUCAGAAGAGAGGUUUUACAAGCGGUAGCAAAGGCACUCGAUGAUCCAAAACGGAGAGUUAGGCAAGAAGCGAUUAGAUGCAGGCAGGCUUGGGCGUCAAUCACAUCCACAAGUACCCUUUCUGAAGUUGAAUUCAGAGACUGA